CCCGCCCCCCGCCUCACUCCCCGGCAGCCCGCAGCGAGACGCGCCGCUCCCCAGCACUUUUUUGGGCCCGAGAUAUGGCAAUGGUAGUUAGCAGCUGGCGAGAUCCGCAGGAAGACGUGGCCGGGGGCACUCCGAGCGGCCCCAACCCGGCCGCGACGCAGCCGGCCCGGGAGCAGCAGCCCCAGCAGCAGGGGAGUUCGGCCACCCCACACACCCCGCAGACCCCCAGCCAGCCGGGACCCCCCUCCACGCCGGGCACGGCCGGAGACAAGGGAACGGGCCAGCAGGGCUCGGGGCAGAGCCAGCAGCACAUCGAAUGCGUGGUGUGCGGAGACAAGUCCAGCGGCAAGCACUACGGCCAGUUCACCUGCGAGGGCUGCAAAAGUUUCUUCAAGAGGAGCGUCCGCAGGAACUUAACUUACACAUGCCGCGCCAACAGGAACUGUCCCAUCGACCAGCACCACCGCAACCAGUGCCAGUACUGCCGCCUCAAGAAGUGCCUCAAAGUGGGCAUGAGGCGGGAAGCGGUUCAGCGAGGAAGAAUGCCGCCCACCCAACCCAACCCCGGCCAGUACGCCCUGACCAACGGCGACCCUCUGAAUGGGCACUGCUAUCUCUCGGGAUACAUCUCCCUCCUGCUGCGGGCCGAGCCCUACCCCACCUCCCGCUACGGCAGCCAGUGCAUGCAGCCCAACAACAUCAUGGGCAUCGAGAACAUCUGCGAGCUGGCCGCCCGUCUGCUCUUCAGCGCCGUCGAGUGGGCCCGCAAUAUUCCCUUCUUCCCCGACCUGCAGAUCACCGACCAGGUGGCCUUGCUGCGGCUCACCUGGAGCGAGCUCUUCGUCCUCAAUGCUGCCCAGUGUUCCAUGCCCCUCCAUGUGGCCCCGCUCCUGGCCGCCGCCGGCCUCCACGCCUCCCCCAUGUCGGCCGACCGCGUUGUCGCCUUCAUGGACCACAUCCGCAUCUUCCAGGAACAGGUGGAGAAGCUGAAGGCGCUGCACGUCGAUUCGGCUGAAUACAGCUGCCUGAAAGCCAUCGUCCUCUUCACCUCAGACGCCUGCGGCCUAUCGGAUGCUGCGCACAUCGAGAGCCUCCAGGAGAAAUCGCAGUGCGCGCUAGAGGAGUACGUGCGGAGCCAGUACCCCAACCAGCCGAGCCGCUUCGGGAAGCUGCUGCUGCGGCUGCCCUCCCUGCGCACCGUCUCCUCCUCCGUCAUCGAGCAGCUCUUCUUCGUCCGCUUGGUAGGUAAAACCCCCAUCGAAACCCUCAUCAGGGAUAUGCUACUGUCGGGGAGCAGCUUCAACUGGCCUUACAUGUCCAUCCAGUGCUCCUAGAGCCCAUCCCGCACCCCCGGCAGAGAGGCGGCGGAGCGGCGGAGAGGGGAGCGCUCGCACCGAGGGGCAGUCGGGGUGCGGGGGGGGCCCGGGAGGUGGACACUGAACAAAAGUAAGGGCCAGUGGGAGCACAGAUGUGGCCGUGGCGGGGAGAAGGACGGACCUGUCGUCCGUGGAGGUUGUGAUGUUUCGCUUUUUUUUUUUUUUUUUUUUUUUGGUCUUUUUUUGUUUUUUUUUUUUUUUUUUUUUUAAGAGGAGGAAAAAAGAAAUAAAUAAUAUUAAUAAAAGAGACAAAAAAAAAUGAGUAUUGAGGGGAUAUUAAUCAAACCUGAAGGGGAUACUGGAUCUUCCAGGAUUUAUUGUGGACUGUUGUUGAUAUAUGCUGUACAGUAAACCAACAAAACAUAAAAGCAUUGAAACUGAACUGAACCUUGUGUAGAAUAAAAAAAAAAAAAGCCCAAAACCAAGCAAACAACAACAAAAUUUCCAUGCGCAAACACUUACCAUGAACAUUGUUACUCCUUUUGUAAUAUAUUAGUCUUUAUUUUCGAUUUUGGUAAAAGUUAAAAAACAUCAUAUGCGCAUAAAGAAAAAAAAAAGGAGAAUUAGGGGAAAAUAACAUUUUCCAAAUAAUUAUAAAAGAAUUGUCCUGUGUCUAUGUAUCUAUAUCUGUUUUGUAUUUUUUUUUUCUGGUUCCAAACCAGAUUUCCUGUGAUUCUAUACUAAUAAUUUUUGAUAUAACCCUUUGCUUCUUAUAAUGAGUGCGAUAUAUGUUGUCAAAGCUGUUCUUCAAGAAUUAAAAUUGAAGUGAGAAUUUAAAAAAAUAAAAGAAUUUAGCAAAAAAACCCAACUUAUCACCCCACAA